GUGACAGCGAGUCAUACAUGGCAACAUUAUGGCAUCUACAUAUAUCUGACAUUUUUCUCAGUCCAUACAUCAUUCUCUCAUUAUUGUUAGCGCUCUUUCUUCUGCAUUAUAGACAUUUUCUAGAAAGCAUAGACUGUUUUCCGCAACUAUGGGCUCUCUUGAUUCCUCUUCAUCGGACAACCGAGCCGUUUUCUUCUUCGACAUAGACAACUGUCUCUACCACAGCAGUAAAAAAGUACACGACCACAUGGCCAGACUCAUCAACAAAUACUUCGUCAGUCACCUCGACAUGCCCGCAGAGGAAGCAACGAGGCUGCACGACCGGUACUACAAAGACUACGGCCUGGCCAUCGACGGACUCGCUCGUCAUCAUCAGGUGGAUCCAUUAGACUUCAACCGAGAGGUGGACGACGCUUUGCCGUUAGACGACCUGCUCUCACCGGAUGCAGAGCUGCGAGAGGUACUCGAAUCGUUCGACAAGACCAAGGUCAAAAUGUGGUUAUUCACCAAUGCAUACAUCACCCACGGUCGCCGGGUGGUGAAACUUCUGGGUCUCGCAGAUUUGUUUGAAGGGAUUACAUAUUGCGACUAUUCGCAGGUACCGCUCGUAUCCAAACCUAUGCCAGCAAUGUUCGAAAAGGCCGAAAGAGAGGCUGGCGCAACGAAAGACACCAAGAUUUAUUAUGUGGAUGACUCAUUCUCGAACUGUCGAGGCGCAUCACAGCGAGGGUGGACCAAUACCGUCCAUUAUCGCGAACCAGAUAUGGCUGAACUACCAGAGAAGGCGAGCAAAUUCCAGAUCAGUCAUCUUCGCGAACUUCUAGAUCUUUUCCCGGAGCUACUCAAGGACAGGGAUACAAAUACAGUAUGAUAGAUACAGGUAUAUUACAAUAAAACAGGAGAUCGUCACAUCAACAAGCUUGCUCAAACGA